AUGCGUGGUUUCGAAAAACUUGAAGACUGCAUUUAUGAUUACCUUCAAAGCAUAGAAAAUUGGUCACUGCAAGAUAUUAUGAAUGAGACAAUCUCAAUUGAAGUGUUUGAGUUUGCUUAUUUAGAUAAUGAAUAUAAGAUGACUAUCUAUGUAUCUCCUAACUAUCAUGGGCAAGUGGCUUUCUCAGAUGUUUGUGUUGAAAUGGAUGAAUCAGAACAUAAUGAUUAUUUAACGGACAAUGGCCUAUGUUAUGCAAAAAAAUGUGCUUAUAAAAUUAAUAAUAACAAUGUUGUAUUUAAAUUGUCUACAUUUUCAGAUUCUUCUUAUUCUUCAGAUUUCUUCAUCAAAACUAAGUCAGAAACUCGAACUUGCACUAGUUCACUGAACAUCACACUUUGA